AUGGAAGCAUUCAUUACCUUGGUGGCGACAGAACCCUACGCUGCAGGCGCACUUGUGUUGAAUCAUCAAUUAAGAAAAUUAGGCUCAGUUAAUAAUAGGGAUUUUGUUUGUCUUGUCACACCCAAUAUAUCAGAUCAUGUCCUUGAUUUGCUGUCAAAACAGCAGAUCACUAUCAUAAAAGUAGAUACACUUCGGUCGAGCAAUUACGACAAUCUGAAGCUAUUAGGCCGUCCCGACCUGGACAUAACAUUCACAAAGAUUCAUCUUUGGAACUUGACACAAUAUUCGAAAGUAGUUUUCUUAGAUGCUGAUACUUACCCUUUGAAGAGGAUUGAUGAGUUAUUCAACGUCGAGGCCACUUUUGCUGCUGCUCCGGAUGCAGGUUGGCCAGAUUGCUUCAAUUCUGGAGUUUUCGUAGCGACGCCUUCAAAAACAACUUAUAGUGAACUGUUAUCUCUUGCUGCCUCUGAAAAAGGCUCCUUUGAUGGCGGAGAUCAGGGACUUCUAAAUACCUAUUUUGACUCGUGGUCAACAUCUCCAGCUCAGAGAUUACCCUUCACUUACAAUACAACACCUACCACUCAAUACGGGUAA